AUGCCGACGCCAUCAAAGGCUGUUCUCUUAGUCACGGGAGCUUGGCAUGUCCCACAGCACUACCAAAAGCUGAUCGAUCGACUUGAGGCUGAGGGCGUUAGAGUCAUUUGCGAACAGCUGCCAACGAACAACAACGCCGUUCCGCCCAACAAAACACUUGAGGAUGACGUCAAUUCGAUCAGGAGUAUCGCUCAGAGGGAGGCUUUAGCUGGGACCCAUCUCACAGUCAUUGCCCACUCUUAUGGAGGAGUUAUCGCAACGGCAGCUUUGGCUGAUUAUGCCAUCACACCCGACUCCAACAAAGGGGGAGUGGCCGACAUCAUUUACAUGACGGCUUUCAUACCCCCUGAGAACACCUCGCUUGCAGGCAUCUUUGGCGGUUCACUGCCACCAUUUCUUCUCCCACAGCCUGAUGGCACAAUGACUUGGACCGACCCCAUUGGCUUGCUGUACAACGACAUUCCGAUCGAGGAAGCAGAAUCAGCUAAGAAUUUGAUGGUCACCCACGGACAUAAGGCUCAAUACACACCAAUCUCCUGCUCAAAGGCAGCCUGGAGGGUACUUCCGCUAACCUACAUCAUUUGUGAAAACGAUCAAGCCCUGCCUAGCGUCGUUCAAGAGAUGAUGAUCAAGAAGGUUGAAGAUGAAGGAAUUGCUGUCAAAAAGCACAGGCUACCUGGAUCUCACAGUCCUUUCAUGAGCAUGCCUGACAAGGUUGCCACAAUCGUACUGAGUGUUAUGGGAUAA